CGUCCUGUAGGAACUUCGCUCUUCUGUCAAACCGACAUGGCGAUAGCCGCUUCAGUGUACAAUUUGCUCUUCAGGAGAACAUCAACUUUCACCAUAAGCAUUAUGGUGGGAGCAGUCUUCUUCGAACGAGUGUUCGAUCAAGGAGGAGACGCUAUAUUCGAAGAACUGAAUCGUGGGAAACUCUGGAAACAUGUCAAGCAUACUUACGAGAACAAGGAAGAGGAGUGAUGCUGAGCUGCUGCCAGUUCUGUUCCUGAAUGAAUGUUCUGUCAUCGUCAGUGAAGAAACAGCAUUGUUCAGUUGUAUCACGUCCUGAUCCAUCAGGAGAGACACUGACCUGAAUAUCUUGAAAUCUUUCAUUUUUUGUAGUUGCUCACAGCACCAGCGAUAAUAAGAGCAAGCUGUGUUCAUUAUUAUACAUUCAACAAUUAUAUUUGAUGUCUGUCUUCAAAGGUGUGUACUGCAAAAUGUUAAGUCAAAAGUCCUCCUUUUGUUCUUGUAAAUUGUCUCAGAACUCUUCUCAGCUAUCAGAAUGGCCUUCAUUGAAGUCACUUAUCAACUGUUAAAAUGAGGCAAAGGUUUUCUAAUGGGUUUUUACUACCUCAUAGUACUGAGAGUUUUACAGCUGAUUGCAAGAAAGGCAGCAGUAUUACAGACAACGGAAUCAAAAUGAACUAAGAUGAAAGUGAAUUUAAUUGUUCUGCAGCCAGAAUUUGUUUUAUAAUACAAAUCAGAAAUGUUCAACCAAAUAAAUAUAAUAAUGA